AGUGAUAAGGUCCUGGGGCGCAGGUGGGGGGUGCUUGCCCGGUGCGGCGUCGUUCAGGCCCGCACCUGAGGGCGCCGCCGCCGGAGGAACCCAGGUUCCCGGCCGAAGCUGCCCCGGAAAUGCUUUCAGCCGGCACAAACAUGGCUGCGGCCCUGCGAACUGCCGGCGUCCUGCUUCGCGAGCGGCUGGUGUAUGGCAGCUCGAGGGCUGGUCAGCCAUGGAGGUGCCAGUCAGGGACAGCAGCAGCAGCAGCAGCUACCACAGAGAAAGCCCAUCGUGCCAAAAGUGCAGAGCCUCAAGUUCAACCAGAAAAGAGCAGGAAGCCAAAAACUGGAAUAUUAAUGCUAAACAUGGGAGGCCCUGAAACUCUGGGAGAAGUUCACGACUUCCUUCUGAGGCUCUUCUUGGACCGAGACCUCAUGACACUUCCUAUUCAAAACAAGCUGGCACCAUUCAUUGCCAAACGCCGAACUCCCAAAAUUCAAGAGCAGUAUCGCAGGAUCGGAGGUGGAUCACCCAUCAAGAUGUGGACUUGCAAGCAAGGAGAAGGCAUGGUGAAGCUACUGGAUGAGUUGUCCCCUGACACAGCUCCUCACAAAUACUAUAUUGGAUUCCGGUACGUCCAUCCUUUAACAGAAGAAGCAAUUGAAGAGAUGGAGAGAGAUGGCUUAGAAAGGGCCAUUGCUUUCACGCAGUAUCCACAGUACAGCUGCUCUACCACGGGCAGCAGCUUAAAUGCCAUUUAUAGAUACUAUAAUGAGGUGGGAAAGAAGCCUACCAUGAAGUGGAGCACUAUUGACAGGUGGCCCACACACCCCCUCCUCAUCCAGUGCUUUGCUGACCACAUUCUGAAAGAAUUGGACCGUUUUCCACUUGAGAAGAAAAGCGAAGUGGUCAUUCUGUUUUCUGCUCACUCACUGCCAAUGUCUGUGGUCAACAGAGGGGACCCUUAUCCUCAGGAGGUAGGCGCCACUGUCCACAAAGUGAUGGAGAGGCUGGGUUACUCCAACCCCUACCGACUGGUUUGGCAGUCCAAGGUUGGUCCAGUACCCUGGUUGGGUCCUCAAACAGAUGAGGCCAUCAAAGGACUCUGUGAGAGGGGGAGGAAGAAUAUCCUUCUGGUUCCAAUAGCAUUUACCAGUGAUCACAUCGAAACACUGUACGAACUGGAUAUCGAGUACUCCCAAGUGUUAGCCAAGGAGUGUGGAGUUGAAAACAUCAGAAGAGCGGAGUCUCUUAAUGGAAAUCCAUUGUUCUCUAAGGCCCUUGCUGAUUUGGUGCACUCACACAUCCAGUCAAACAAACUAUGCUCCAAGCAGUUGACUCUGAGCUGUCCACUCUGCGUAAAUCCUGUCUGCAGGGAGACUAAAUCCUUCUUCACCAGCCAGCAGCUGUGACCCCGCCCAAGGACCCGUGGGAUUAGGCAAAUGCCCAACCUCCAGAUGCCCCAGUGUGGAGGAGGAUGCAACUUAAAGAUGGAGGAAGGAAGCUGAGUUAGUCUGUGCACAGCUGUUAGGUACAGACUGAGUGAUUUCUUGAAGAAUGGACUCUGACAUCCUUACUGAGGAAUUUCUGUUUGCAUAUACCUAUACAGCAAGCAUUUGCAGUCUUUCUCUCUGGGUAAAUUUACUAGCUGGGAAUGUCCAGUUGGACAUUCAGAAAAUGUGUUUUAAAAUUUUAUCUUAUAAAACACAUGCCUACUUUAAAUACAGAUUUUUGUUUUUAUUGCCCAAAAGAAACCUCCUGAAAGGUUAGAGUCUGCUGUGGGCUGUCAGGUGAGGGUGAGUGAGACCUGUUUAUAGCCUCCUGCAUAAAGUUUCUUGAAUAGAUAUAGUUGAGUUUAUGAAAUUUAAUUGGAAAAAGAAAUACUGGCUGAGGGUAUGGCUUAGUGCUAGAGUGCUUGCCCAGUGUGCACAAAGCCCUGUGUUUGACCCACACACACACACACACACACACACACACACACACACAAUUACCUACUCUUUCCCUAAGCCCAUUAUUUACAAGGAUGUUGGUGAGUCAGUAUGGUUUCCCACCAUGGCUGUUGCAGCCAGUGAGCCCCAACUGUUCAUUGGUCAUUUUGGUGUCUGUGUAAGAGUCUCACACACCCUCUGCCAUACUCCUGAAACUGAAUCAAGAGCAGAUUUCAGAAGUGCUGUGAGAUUCCCCAGGCACACAGGGCUAAUAAACAUGUAGAAAUCCAG